GCGCCGGCGUAUCUCAGUCCGAGGCCAUGUGGGCCAGGCCGGCGGCGGCUGCGGAGCCGUGGCUGCUCCUCGCUGGCCCGAGAGUCCGCUGGUCGCUCGCCGCGCUAGCGCCCGUGGGCGGCCGCAUGGAAGAGCCCGGCCCGGGGAGCAGCGGGACGGGGGACGCGCCCCCCGCGGCCAAGAGGCGGCGGCUGCUGGCCGGGGAGGAGAAGCGGCCGGGCCACGGCGAGCGCUACGUGCCGCCCCCGAGGAAGCGCAACCCCGGCGUGAGCUUCAGCGAGCCGCACUUCGCCGAGACCCGCUACUACUUCGAGGGCGGGCUGCGCAAGGUGCGGCCCUACCACUUCGACUUCCAGACCUACUGCAAGGGCCGCUGGGUGGGCAAGAGCCUGCUGCACGUCUUCAGCACCGAGUUCCGCGCCCAGCCCCUCGACUCCUACCGGGCCGCGGCCAGCGCCGGCCGCCUGCGCCUCAACGAGCAGCCCGUGCGGGACCUCAGCAUCGUGCUCAAGAAUAAUGAUUUUCUGAGGAAUACAGUGCAUCGCCAUGAGCCUCCAGUCACUGCUCAGCCUAUCCAGAUUUUGGUAGAGAAUGACGAGGUGGUAGUCGUGGACAAACCCUCGUCUUUACCCGUACACCCAUGUGGCAGAUUUCGACACAACACCGUCAUCUUCAUCUUGGGCAAAGAGCAUAACCUGAAGGAGUUGCACACUAUUCACCGGCUUGAUCGCAUGACUUCCGGUGUGCUCAUGUUUGCUAAGACUGCCGAAGUGUCUAAGAGGAUUGAUGAGCAAGUUCGGCAGAGACAGCUGGAAAAGGAGUACGUCUGCCGCGUGCUUGGGGAGUUUCCAGAAAAUGAAGUGACCUGCGAGGAACCCAUCCUGGUUGUUUCUUACAAAGUGGGGGUGUGUCGUGUGGACCCCAAAGGCAAAUCCUGUAAAACUGUCUUCCAAAGGCUUAGUUAUAAUGGCAAGACCAGUGUGGUCAAGUGUUUUCCAUACACAGGUCGCACUCACCAGAUCCGGGUCCAUUUGCAAUUCCUGGGAUAUCCUAUUGUCAAUGACCCCAUCUACAAUAUGGAAGCCUGGGGUCCUACUAAGGGUAAGGGUGGUGAGAUUAAUAAAACAGAUGAAGAGCUUCUCAGGGCUUUAGUGGAAGAACAUCGUUCCAAACAGAGCUUGAGCAUCUUGGAUGUUUCAGAGGAGGACCUGAAGCCCAUUGUGGGAAGUGAAGAAUGUGACCAUUCAGGUUACUGUACUAAGCCAGUUGAGAUUAUGCCCAUAAGCGCAGACUCCUGCAGAACUGAGAACUUUAAGGAUCAGAAAGAAGCUGAAAUACAGGCUUGUUUGCAGAAUUCUGACACCAGACCAGAAACACAUGAAGCAAACCCUGAAGGAGCUAGUUCAAGUGAGAAUCAGGAUGGACAUACAGAAGAAAAGGACCCUCUGUGUGAGGAGUGUAAAUUAGUGAGGCAGGACCCAUCUCCUAGGGAGCUGGUGAUGUACCUCCAUGCCUUACGCUACAAGGGAGCAGAAUUUGAAUACAGUUCCAAGAUGCCAGACUGGGCUCUAGAGGACUGGGAUGAGACCCAAGAAUAGAUACUGAGGCUUUUUGUGUUACUUUCCUUUCAACAAAACUAAAAUGAAUUUGGUAAAGUCCUGAACUUGUGUGCGGUAAAAAUAUCUCAUUGGAGCUACUGCAAUCUUCCAUCAUUAUUUAUUGUGUUGUACCUGGAUUGCUUGUGAAUUUUGAGGAGGUGGGAAGAGUUCUUCCUGAUUAGUAUUGAGAACUCUUUCCUAACAAUGAACCUGCUGACAGCUGCUGAAGGGAGAGAUGGUUAAUCCAAGACACUUUAACUAUGUUUUCCUUUAAGAUGGUAACAGUGAUGGGUAAAAAAUGUUACUCAAAGGUGGGAAGCUUGGAACAAUUGCUUCCUCUUCUCACCACAUGGUGUUCAGGGUACAUCCUUGUUUGCAAAUUGAAUGCAGUUCCUUACUAAAUGCAUACAGCUAAGACAAUCAGCAUCUUGGCCCUUUUCCUGGGUCUGUCAUCUAACUCCCUUGUCUUUCUGGGUAAGGGUUGGUGAGAUGUUAGUCAACCUAAAAUACUUCAGGUAUCACACCCAGAUCAAUUUCAGUUAUGUUCUUAGUUUUGUUUAUACCAAGGCACUGUGCAGGCUGGUUCUUUUCCUGGCAGGUUAAUCUUCAUUCAUUUUAUUUGGAGUUCUGUUGCGUUGUGCAGUUCUCGUCAAUAAGACGUUUCCAUUCUCCUGUGUGUGUUUCCAGAUUCCAUUUUUUGUUUGUUCUAGAUGGAGUAGAGUCUGUCCUUAAAUCAGCUUUGCAGAAUUCCUUGGAAAAGCAUACUGCUCCAACUAAAAAUUCAGUAGCCCAAAGAAAUUGUCAUCUUUGCUGUUAAUGAGUCCAUAUCUGUAGGUACUCCCAUCCAAAACAAUCUCUACAUAUUUUAACCAGUCUCAGUUUCCUUUCCCUAUAUUUUCUAACUCCUCCCAUAUAGUUUUUCCUUAUUACUUAACCCCCAUUACGCUCUAUUCUGUACAUCUGAUACAGUGCACAUCUUUCUAAUAUGUCUUAACCACCCCCUUCUAUGUACCCACACACAGGGCUUAGAAAGCAUACCAAACGUAUAAUAGCCAGAAAGCUAAGUCUGAUAUGGAAGGUGGCAGGGGCUUGCUGUUUUUCAGGGAUGGCUCUACUCCACCCUCUUGACAUUUUGGUUGUUCUAAGUAGGGGUGUUUCUACUACCCUAGUCUUCAUUUUGCAGCUCCCAGCCUCAGUAGAAGGAGCUUCAGUAUCAGCCUCUGCUAUUACUCAGACUCUUUGAGCUGCCGCAGAAUGAAACACCUGUUUGAAGCAGUGAUACCAACAAGAUACAGGGUUCUGAAUAGUAGAAGUAAAACUGAAAAUACUUUGGUUAGUUUUCACUUUGCUGCAGCUUGUUCUGAAAGUUCUAGCCCACAGCUGAGGCAUUUCAAGAAUUAGAGCAGUCCGUCUGUUUGUGUGUGUGAGAUUUUAGGAUGUAAAAAAAUGUUAACCUUGUCUGGGGGGUUUUGUUUUGUGUGCAUUUCUUUUUUUUUUUUUUUUUUUUUUUGAAGGGCAGAACAGUAACGUAAUCACUGGGACAUUUCCUGUUUGCUUUGGCAAAGUGGAUUUUUCCAUUCCAACCUUAAAUAAUAAUGCUAAUGUUGGUAGAUGUGUGCUAGGUCCUUGUUCUUGCCCUGCAUUAGACAGUAAACCCAAACCUGUACAAGCCAGUGCAUUGCUGGUAAGUUGAUAUUAGGAAGUCUAGAAUGUUAUCGGCUUACUCUAAUGAUGCCAAGAGUGCAUCUAGAAUAGGAAAGUGUGUGUGGAUUUUGGCCAAACAAAAAUCUUCGCUCGCUACCGAGUGCUUUGUUUGAUCAACAUACAUAGACCCUUUAUUAUUACAGCAGCACUUAGAGGCCUUGACCAGAGCCUUACCAUGGUAUGCAUUGCCCACACCUUAUAAGGUAGCCCCUGCCCUGUUAAGGCUUACAGACUAACUGUGAACAUUCGCAUCUAGUCUUCUAUAUGCCCAAACAGGAGUGAUAUCUUUAAAGAGGGUUUCUUCAGGAUUCAUGAUCUUGGCCAUGUGAAAUACAAAGGUGACUUAAAGUAAGAAAUUGCACAACUGCCACUUUUCCUAGUAAUUACGUGUGUUAAUACUAAGUGCUUUCUUUAUUAUUCUGUGGUUAUAGUGUGGGGGGGAGGUUAGAGUACAGAGGCUCCAUGAUUUACCAGUCAGUAUGUCUCAGUGCCCCAUUCUGCAAAAUGAAAGAUCAUUAGGGUAACACCACCAGGGGAAGGGUUUUUUUUAACUGUUUUAUCUUUGCUCACUAACACAUUGAAGAAUGUGUUGAAUUUAUCAUUCUGCCACUUGAAUAAAUGCAUCCAACAGAGAGGUCCUCUAGCAACACCAGGAAAGACCAAAGUUGCUGAGAGUGCAUGCACCCAUUUAAAAAAAAAAACAAAAAACCAGCCUAUGCUACAGCAUAUUAAAAAUAUAUAUAUAUACACACUUUAAAAAAAAAAAAUCCUUGGUGGUGGAUCCCUGCAUAAAGCUGAUGGUAAAGAACAAAGUGCUGUUUUAUCAAUCUAGGCAAACUCUUCUGUCCAUCCUUUGAAGAAAUGAAUUUUGAGGUCCCAGCUCUACAGCAGAGAGCCUGGAAGCCAUGAAAGCUUCAGCAGGAGCUCUCAGGGUUUCCAUGCUUCCUCAUGAGGGCAUGGCAGCCCUGCCUCAAGCUGUUGCUCUCAGGAUCUGGACUCCCAGUACCAUAGGGAGCCCGGAAGCUCGGAAAGCCCCAUUUCCAGUUGGGGCUUCCAGGCUGUCUGCCACUGAGCCAGACUCCCUGGUCAACUUGUGCCCUGGAUGCCUAUACUCUAUUAGCUCAGGGAGCCAGCUGGCAUGGGAAUUUGGUAGCCCUAGGGUUGCCACAUCUGGGCCAUCCAUGUGGCCAGGCUGUCACUGGGCUAGUGGACCAUGGAAUCCUUGGUAGCUGCUGACCUGGUUCAUGUCCAUUUCAUGGCUGCUCAAGACUGAAUGGUAGCCUUGAAAAUGACAGUUUGAUAGCUAAAAGAAAAGGAGUACUUGUGGCACCUUAGAGACUGACUAACAAAUUUAUUUGAGCAUAAGCUUUCGUGAGCUACAGCUCACUUCAUGGGAUGCUGCUGUUCAGUGGUGGGAAGUAGUGAAACUGACAUGAAUCAUUUCAGUUUCACUAAGCAAUUACCUGGGAGCAUAUUUCCAUAGGUGCAGGAUCUAGGGGUGAUAUCGCACCCCCGGCCUUGAAAUGGUUUCCAUUAUAUACAGGGUUUACAGUUUGGUUUAAUGACUCUCAGCAUCCCUUGCAUAUUUCAUUUUAAAAACACUGUUUUAGUGUUUCUGAAACACAAUUUUUCAGAAUCUCCAAUUCAUGAGGUUUUUAAUGUCGAAAUUUCCCGUGACCUGGAAAUUCCAAAUUUCAGCCAACUGUAAUCGCAGAUUUAAUUCUGCUGCCGUUUCUAUCUCUUCUAUAAGAAGACUAGCAUUAUAAGGGAUUUGCUUCCUGUGGUAAAGUGUGGAGGUAAUUUAUGUUCCUGUGUGGAGAACGGAAGACUGAAAGACCUAUUGUGGAAAAUUUGGGGGAAGGAGUAAGUACAGAUAAUAAUUGGAGUGCUAUAUCUCCACUUCAUUUUUUCUGGCCAUGCUUAACAGUUACUAUUAAGGCCUUAAUACACCACCACAUUAUUUACUGUGUCCCGUUGCUGAUAGAGAAACUGCCUGUGAUUACUGGCCCCAAAACAACUUGAACUGUGGGAGUUUACGGUUUAUUAUUCAAGCAUCCUCCCUGUGAAAAUUGCAGUUCAUUGUUUUAUUUGAGUUAACAGCUACUGUCUACGUUACUGUGUGUGUGUGUGUUGUAAUUUGUAUGCAGAUAGCCAGAUUUGUGCAGAGUCCAAACUGUUUCCUUUUUAUAAAGAUAAUUGAACGUACAAAAGGCAAUUACAAGGUAGUAUAAUUAAGGAUGUCAACAUGUUUAC